AUGGUCUCCCUAUGGCGCACCGUAAAUAACAUCCGGCGCGGCGGCUGGAGCUACUGGUGGCGUAACCUACAGUACAUCGGCGACGCUAAAUACGGCGCGUUGAAGGGCACUGACCAGUUCGGUAACAAAUACUACGAGAACUUGAACCCAGAAGAAGAGGUACCGGGUCGUCACCGAUGGGUCGACUUUGCGCAGCACGAUUUCAACGCGACGCAAGUCCCUCCGGAAUGGCACUCGUGGUUAUCGCAUAUCCGCAAGGACCCGCCGUCGGAAGACCCCGUCGUCCAGAACCUUACUCCUCCGUGGAAGACUCCUUGGGUCGAGAACCUCACCGGUACUCGGGGUGCAUUCAAGACUUACAACACAGCUGCACCCAAGAUUCAGGCUUGGACUCCGAAGCCGACUUCAAGAGGGUCUGAUGCGCGGGCGUAA